AAUUACUAUACUAAGUUAACCUUACUAACCUCAAAGAAUAAAAAAUCCAAAUAAUGAAUAUUGAAAAUGUUUAAACAAAUAUUGUAUUCAGCUGCAAGAGUAGCUUCUAUAUCGGCAAAAUCGAACACACAGCUAUUAACUCAAAAUUUAACAAAACCUAGUUGUAUUCAUCCAGUAGUCACCAGAAAUUUUACUUCUAUACUAUGCAAUGCUCAAAUCAGAGCUCCUAAAGUACUUUUCAAAAACCCGAGCGCGAGCCCAUCAUUGGUAAACACAGCUAUAAGAACAGUUACAAAAUUUUCAUUUCAACAAGGCAAGAGAAAAACCGUGAAGACUGUAUUACGAAGAUUUUAUAGGCUUCAUUGGGGAGGUUGGAUACGUACAAAAUGUGGUCGUCACAAAAGAUUAUGGAGGAAAAGCCCCCCUAGAAAACGUAGGCUGCGGCAACAUGUUUUUUGCAACGCUACCCAAAGUACUUUGUUAGAUAAGAUGGUUGCUCCCUACUGGAGAAAACCUAAGUACUAUGUCGAUGAUCCUUAUGAACCUUUUCAUUCAAGAGAAGAGUGGAAGUUUACAAAACUUAAACCUAGACCAUAUUUUCCCCCCGAAGAAGAAGUUAAAAAUAGUUAUUAAAUAGGUAUAUUUUGUUAAUAUCAAUAAUUUAGCUAAUAAAAUUUAA